AUGGCUGUUAUGAUCACCACUGCAUCCAUACUUAUGAACUCUUCUCCAUACCCGGGCAUGAUAUCUGGCAAGUUCGGAGGCACUCCAGGGGCCAUGCAUAAGCAUGAGAACAUCAAGUUAAAACGUAAUUCUUCUUGGGGUUUGCAAUUUAAAGCUCCAACAAAGGUAAAUGCUACAAAAGUAGGUGCUAUGGAUUGGAGUAUGGCCGACCCAGAAAAAGAGGGUCCAAACAUGGUUUCGGAUCUUGGUGUAGAAAGAAUGAUUCAAGAUGGUUUUAUAUUCCAAGAAAAAAAUUGUAUUAGGGUAUAUGAAGCAGGGCCAGAUAAAAAAGCUUCCAUAGAAACACUCAUGAACCAUUUGCUGGAAACAAGCAUUAAUCAUAUGAAGAAAACUGGAUUUAUACAUGACGGGCUUCGGUCAGAGGAGAUGUCCAAGCACAACCUAACGUGGGUGGUGGCAAAGAUCCAAAUGGUUGUGGAUCGUUAUCCAAAGUGGUACAACACUCAUUUUCAUCUAUACAUGGUCCUUGGUUCACUAUAA